AGGAGAGUGGAAUUACACGAGAGAAAAGCACGAAGAAGAAGGGGAAGGGGAUGUAAUGGGUGUGUAGCCACGUCAUCAGAAUAGCUUUCCCUUUCUACAAUAAAAAGAGGAAACAUUUGAAUCAAAUUCUCUUUCAUACAAAACCUCUAUACAAAACCCACUUUCCUCUCUUUUUUCUUUUUUGUUUCACUAAUUCGGACUAUUUCUCUUCAAUUCACUCUGGUACUCUCUGUUUGCAAAUUGGUGACAGAAUCGUUUCGCACAUUAAUUUGAUUGCAUUUAAGGUCACUAUCACGAACAUGUCAGGUGGGGAUGUGAGAAAACUCUCAAAUGAAGAUAUACAACUGGUGCAAAAUCGAAUAGAACAAUGUCUCCAGCAUUACAUGAACAAAAAGGAAGUUGUGAAUACUCUCAUCGUCCAGGACAACAUUCAGCCGUGUAUUACUGAACUAGUUUGGCAGAGGCUUGAAGAAGAAAAUCAAGAAUUUUUCAAGGCUUAUUAUCUCAAGUUGUUGGUCAAGGACCAAAUAUUGGAAUUCAACAGGUUGCUUUCCGAACAGGUGGAACUCAUGCAUCGAAUUGGAUUAACUGGGGUUUCUCCGGUGCUCCCGUCUAACGGAUCGCUGGUGUUACCAACACAGCAUAUCUCCUCCACGUCAUGUGCUGCACUAGAUACUCGACAUCUGAAGAAGGAGAAUAUACCAAAUAACGUGUUUCAGCAGAAUUGUGGAUCUGCUGUACGUUCGUGUGUGCAAGGAACUGUAGUCGAUGUGUCUCUUAAUAAUGGAAAGAUUGUGUCCCUUAAUAAUGGAAAUGUUGCGUCUCUAAAUAACGGAAAGAUUGCGUCUCUUAAUAAUGGAAACAUGGCGUCUCUUAAUAAUGGAAAUAUGGCGUCUCUUAAUAAUGGAAAUAUUGAUGUUUCUCCGAACAUGUUCUUGUCUGAAAACUCAAACCUAGGAGGAUUGGCUGCUCAACAUACGAUGAAUGGGAAGGUUGUGAAAGCGGAAACGGGAUAUGCUGCUGGUAGUUCACAUUUCGAUUUCAAUCCACGCAACAAUUAUCUGGAAACACAGCGCCCUCUGAUGGGUGAUCCAUCCGUCUCGUCUUUCAGUAGCGUUGAUUCUAAUGCCGUGCAUUUAAACGAGGCUCUAUUGGACGGUGAUGCCCCCUCGUUUGGUUUUUUCUCGCAGCUUCAGCACAUGUUGAGUCUCCCUGAGUUUACAAAUGAUUUCGCUAAUGGUUCUGAUUUACUGGACAGUUAUUGUAGGCCUCCCUUCCAAUCAUUAGAUGCCAACAACUUACUGGACCCCGGUGGGGAUAUCGAGAGUUUGGACCCUGAAUCCGAAAGUUUGAGAUUUCAAUGCUUUGGUGGCGACUGAUUGAAUUAUUCCAUUGGUCCUCCAGCCAAAUGUCGGGAAUAGGGUUCUUGUAUAUUUGGGUUCAUACAAACAGAUUGGUUCGGUGGAAGUGUACUUUUUGGUGUUGGAAUCGACUCUCAGUUCGCUGUCUUUUUGGGUGUGUUUAGUUUAUGGUUUUUUGUUAGGUUGACCUACUUCUAUAAGUUAUGGAAAUGAUAUAUAUAUAUAUAUUGGUGUAAUGAAUGGUGUUGGUAAAUCUGUAUAAAUAGGGCAGUGUACAUCUUUUUUGCCAUAGCAUGUGAUGUUUUUCUUCUUCCUGUUUUACCGUUUUGCCAUUAUUGUGUCGGUUUU